CCCUGAAAAUCAAUAGAAUGUUAGUAUAGCUUGCACUUUGGGUCCCCUAAAUUCUUUCCUUUCUUCCCAGAAAAAAAAUUCAGUUUGCUUUUACUUUUGAGUGUGAAUAAGCAUAGUUUUUACAAUUUGCAAUCUUGAAGGACAGCUGUGCUUUAGUGGGUUUCUCGGGGUACACUCUGCCUUUCACAAAGAGCAAUGAAUCAAUGAAAAUUCUGAUUGAAACAUAUUUUUAGGAUUGAAAUUUGCGAAAACCUAUAAAAUAGGAAGAAAAUUUUGUAAUUAUUAUCUUGUAUCUGAAACAUUACUUCUGAGUAUAACACUACAUAUAGCAUCUUCUGCUCUUCCAAUCUAUUCAAACCUUAUUGUCAAGUGAUUUCAUUGCCCAGCCUAGUAUACGCACAAAUACAGAGGUUGCAUAUUUGCAUUCAGCUGAAAGUUAUCAAAUUACAUAUCUUGAACAGAGUUAUGGCCGACCUUGCACAACAAUAUGCGAGCAUGGCAGAUAGGCUACCAGAGGCAUUGAAGCAGAACAGAUAUAUGCUUCGCAGGUGUUUUACAAGCUUUACAUCACAAGGUAAAAGGAUUCUACAACAAAAGCAAUUAUACAGUGAGAUUGAAACAAUUAUAGGCGAUGCCGAGGAAAGAAGGAAUCUUGAGGAAGGGUUGUUUGGUCAAAUCUUGCGGUGCACACAGGAGGUGGUCAUUGUGCCACCAUUCAUUGGUUUGGCAUUACGAAGAAAACCUGGGUUUUGGGAGUAUGUUCGUGUCAAUGCCUCUGACCUUUCCAUAGAAAAGCUUACAGUAACAGAGUACCUGCAGCUAAAAGAGUGCCUUGCAGAUGAGCGGUGGGCCAAGGAUGACUUUGCAUUGGAACUGGAUUUUGAACCCUUCAGUGCAUCAGUUCCUCGUAUGAAAAGGCCCUCAUCAAUUGGCAACGGAUUUCAAUUUCUGAGCAGACAUUUGACUUCACGACUGGGUCGCGACCUAGAAAACAUGCAACCCUUACUGGACAUUUUGCAGGGAUGCAAUUAUCAUGGAGAGAAACUUAUGGUCACUGAGAAGAUUGAUAGCAUGUCCAAACUUCGAGAAGUGCUACUUAAGGCAGAGGAUAUAUUGUCCGACCUCCAAAAGGAUGUUGUAUAUGAGGAAUUUGCUCACAGGUUGCAAGACCUUGGACUUGAGAAGGGAUGGGGAGAUAAUGCACAUCAUGCACUUGAUACGAUACAUUUACUCUUGGAUAUCCUACAGGCACCUGAUCAUAUUACUUUGCAAAAUUUUCUAGGAAAAAUACCCACUAUAUUCAGUGUGGUAAUAUUUUCACCCCACGGUUACUUUGGCCAAGCAGAUGUUCUGGGAUUACCAGACACUGGUGGACAGGUUGUGUAUAUAUUGGAUCAAGUCAAGGCAUUAGAAGAAGAACUACUUAUUAGAAUUAAGAAGCAGGGGCUGGAAAUUACACCUCAAAUAUUAGUGGUUACUCGACUUAUCCCAGAGGCGCAGGGUACUAAAUGUAACCAGAGAAUUGAAAAAGUACUUAACACACAAUAUUCAAAAAUAUUGCGAGUACCUUUCAAAACGGAGAAAGGGGUUCUACGUAAAUGGGUUUCUAGAUUUGAUGUUUGGCCUUAUCUUGAAAAAUUUGCAGAGGAUUCUUCAAAUGAAAUUGUUGAGGAGUUGCAUGGGAAGCCAGACCUAAUUAUUGGAAAUUAUAGUGAUGGGAAUAUGGUGGCUUCUUUGGUCGCAAGUAAACUGGGGAUUGUUCAGUGCAACAUAGCACAUGCUUUGGAGAAGACCAAAUAUGCAGGUUCUGAUCUAUUUUGGACAAAAUUUGAUGAGAAGUAUCACUUUUCAUGUCAAUUCACUGCCGAUAUUCUUGCAAUGAAUCGUGCCGAUUUCAUCAUUACAAGCACAUACCAAGAAAUUGCAGGAAGCAAAGACAGCGUUGGUCAAUAUGAAAGCCAUGGGGCCUUCACACUCCCCGGUGAAUACCGAGUAGUUUCUGGCAUUGAUGUUUUCAAUCCCAAAUUCAACAUUGUAUCACCUGGAGCAGAUAUGACCAUCUAUUUUCCCUACACAGACAAACAUCGGCGCAUUACUUCUUUCCACGAAUCCAUUGAAGAACUCUUGUUCACUGCAGACCAAAAUGAUGCACACAUAGGUUAUCUCAGUGACAAAAAGAAGCCAAUCAUCUUCUCCAUGGCAAGACUGGAUAGAGUGAAAAAUAUGACAGGUCUGGUUGAGUGGUUUGGAAAGAACAAUAGGCUGAGGAACCUAGUGAAUCUUGUUGUAGUUGCUGGUUUUAUUGACCCCUCAAAAUCAAAAGACAGGGAAGAAAUUGCAGAAAUUGAAAAAAUGCAUGGCCUUAUUAAGCAGUAUAAUUUAAAUGGUCAGUUCCGUUGGAUAUGUUCUCAGACUGACAGAGUAAGGAAUGGAGAACUUUACCGGUACAUUGCGGAUACAAAGGGUGCUUUUAUACAGCCUGCUCUUUACGAGGCUUUUGGGCUUACUGUAAUUGAGGCAAUGACAUGUGGCCUGCCAACAUUUGCCACUUGUAAGGGUGGCCCUGCUGAGAUUAUUAUUGAUGGUGUUUCUGGAUUCCAUAUUGACCCCCAUAAUGGGGAUGAAACUAGUGAGAAGAUUGCAAACUUUUUCCAAAAAUGCAAAACAGACCCAAACUUUUGGAAUGUAGUAUCAAAUGCAGGGCUUCAACGUAUAUAUGAAAGCUACACAUGGAAGAUUUAUGCAGAAAAGUUAAUAAAUUUGACAGCAUUGUAUGGGUUUUGGAAACACAUAUCAAAGCAGGGGCAGCACGAGUCAAAGCGUUAUAUGGAUAUGUUUUACAUUCUCAAGUAUAGAGAAUUAGUUAAAAACGUGCCUGUAGUAAAAGAGGAAGGAUUUCAAACACUAGGAGUAGAACUGAAGAAAAGUGCAACAGAGGAUCUGAAAGAUAACAAACUUGAUGGAAAUACAGGUGGCAAAUCUCGCAUCAAAAGGAUUCUUACAUCCUACCUUUAUCAAUGUGGAGCACCAGCACCAGAAAGAAACAAUUGAUCGUUGCAUUACUGAAGAUUUGCUGCAUUAUUCGAUAAUAUUUGAUUGAACACCAAAUAUAGAUUGCUUGUUUAUAUCUCUCUGUCUGAUUCAUUGUGGAAAUCAUGCAUACCAUUCAUUGUGUAUUAGUAUAUGGUGAAGUAGCUACCAUGUCUAAUAAGAAGCAUAUUACGAGCAAUGUGCAUAGUUGCUUCAUAGCAAUUUUUUAAAAACGUUUAUUGGAGUGUAUAUUCAUUCUAUUUUUGUCAAUUAAAUGGAAAGUGAUUGAUGGAA